UGACUUGCAGGCCAACAGGGAGGAGCGCCUUGUGGCGCACCUAGAGACCCCGCCCCUGCCCCGCCCCCUUUGAGAGCCGGCAGCAUCUCCUCCCUCCACUGGCGUCGCUUGGCGCCCCUAGCAACCAGAUCCCGUAUCCUAGCAACAGCAGACGCUAGAUGCCUGGUCCUCCUCCCUGCGCAGCCGCUGCACCAUGGAGGGGCUAAGCGCCUCGGCGGCCUUCUGGGAUCACCUCCGCAGGCUAUGCCUGGACCAGUUUCCUUGCGGGAUCGGGAGCUGGAACAAAUCCCGGUUCCCCCCCCAGAGGUCCCCCCACCUCCACGGCCUGGCCGCCCCCCGGCAGGCCACGCUCCCCUGGCACAACGGCCUCCAGUUGCCCAACGAAGAAACGGUGGAGGCGCUCACGGAUUUCCUGCGGUGCCCUGACUCCCCCUGGGCAUUGCCCCCCGACUGCGGCGCCCCCGAGCAGCAGCUGCGGGAACGGGCCGUGCAGUCCCCCAGCAUCAUCCGGAACACCUUCCUCUGCUCCUACUUCAGGUCGCUCCGGAUCGUGAACAAAGGGGUGACUGAGAUUGAUGUUGGUUUGUUAAAGUUUCCCAACUUGGAAGAGCUCAUCUUAACUGCGAAUCACAUCAGCACAAUCUAUGCUGCCAAUCUCCCUCCAGGCCUGAAGGUGCUGGAGCUCUGUGGCAACGAUGUGCAAAGCCUGAAGGAUCUCUGCACGUGCCCCCCGGCUGGGCUGCAGCAUCUGGGCCUGAGCCACAAUUGCCACCUUGGCUCCUCGGAGGAGCAAUACCUGGUGGACACGUUCUGGCCAAAUCUGGUCUCCCUUGACCUGAGCUACAAUGAUUUCACCAACCUGCUGAGCCUCCUCUCGAAGCUCCUGACCCUGAACAAGCUCCGGAUCCUCAUUCUGCAGGGGAACCCCUUUGCCCUCCUUCCGGGUUACCGGGGGUUUGCCAUCGACAGCCUGCCCCAAAUCUCUGUCUUCGAUGAUGUCAUCAUCACUCCAGACGAAAGGCACAACUUCCUCCACCUGAGUGGCUUCCCAGAGCUCUUACUGCACGAGGUCAAGCUGAUCGUCACCAUCGGCAAAAUCAGAGGGGUUCCCAGCCCGGUUGGCCCAGAGGAACUGGAGAACAGUCCCAACUCCCCGGUGAUAACUUACAGCUACUACGUGACAUAUGAAUUUGCCAAGGGUGAAAAAACAGCAGGCGAGGAAGCCAGCAAGGUAGGAGCGUUUGGAACAUAUCUGGGGGGCAUCACCCCCCAUGCGGCAUUGGGGGGCAUCACGGAAGGACGUGUGUUUCUGCUCCAGCACAGUGUGCCACUGGCGGCAGUGAACGCUGCAGACACGCACGGGGUGACAGUAGACGGGGAGAUCCCUGAGCCCGGCCCUGCUCAGUUUUCGCCCAGGCCAGAUCUGCAGCCCGAGGCAGUGAACACCCAUACUACUGCUGGGAAGGCUUGGGCAGAGACCAUCGACUGCGAGUACCGGAAAGAGCAUCUCACCCAGGAUCUGGUUGCCCUCAAGGCCUAUCUUCUUGCUGGCACCACCGUGGUCGUUGUGGAGGAAAAGGUGGUCUCCUGGCCCGUGGUCCUCACUCCUGAAGAAGGCCCAAGCAAGAAAAGCAAGGGGAAAGGAGAGAAAGGAAAAGCCGAUGCAGGGAAGGCAGAGAAAGGAAAGAAGGAGAAAGAGAAGGCCAAAGAGACCAAAAAGACGUCGUCCUCGAAUGAAUUCUCUCCUGUGUCCGACCAGGGUGGGAAGAAAAAGAAACCCCCUUCCCCAGAGCUCCGAAGCGAGCCCCCGACCGUGAAGACCCUGGGCUCUGUUCACGUCAGCUUAGAAAAACUCUUAGCAGGAGCUUCGUUGGUUGAGACCGUCUGCGACUUCGGGGUACAGAUUACCGAGCUGAACGUCCCACCACCGUCGCCCAAAGACAAGGAGAAUAAGAAGGGCGCAAAAAAGGACCCGAAAGCCAAAUCUGGGACCGAGAUCUCAACCUCUCGAAGAACAACCCCCCCUGCCAAAGGAAAGGGUCGCAAGAAAGACUCACCCGAGGGAACCGAUUUGCUACUCAGCCAGCCCGUGCCUUUGACUGUGGAGUUUCAAAUGCAACAUAUAAAGUGGGAAGCAGCUUCCUACAUCUUAAAAACGCUCGAAGCCUCAGAGUGAUGGGUUUGCAGAGGGCAGGACCAGUUUUGCUUCCAAAAGAGAAUUGAAUGCUCUGGGUGCACGUUGAUGCAGUUCCAUUCUGGGUUUUAGAGGU